AUGACCGUCCCAGAUAAUAAGACAGACUCUGUUUCCAUCGAAGAGAUUGGCUGGUUGUUUGUCAAGAACUACUACGGAACCUACACUUCGGAGUUGCAAAAGCUUUACGGUUUCUACGACAAGAAUGCAUCUCUCUUGCACGAUGCAUUUCCAAGCGAGUCAAGUGAGUCCGAAGCUCCAGUCCCCAAGACUGUUCAUCUCGCCAACGGAACCGAGUCUAUCCAGAAGCACUUUUUGGAGCAAAGCAACAACUCUGAGAAGAACAAGAUUGUUAUCGAAAGGGCCGACUUCCAGUCCUCUGUUGAGAACAGCAUCUUGAUCGUUGUCUGCGGUUCCUGGAAGCGUGGAUCCUCCAGUCUUUGGCAGUUUGUCCAAACCUUUGUGUUGAAGCCUGCUGGUACCAAUUUGUUUGACGUUGCUAACGACAUGUUGAAGUUCGUCGAUCUUUCUGAAAGCUUCGAACAACCACUGGUUGUCGUACAGCAGCCAGAAACCCCAAACGGCAAGGCACCUGUCGAAGCCGAAAAGCCAGAAGUUGAAAGCGCAAGUGAAGCAGACGCCGAAGUUUCGAAGGCUACCAAGGACGACGCUCCUUUGGCUACUGCCGAAAAGAAGGAAGAAGAGGUUGUUAAUGAGACGGUACCAAAGGUGACACCAAAGGAGGAGAAGGCUUCCAAAAAGCCUGCCGCUGGAACCGAAGAGACUAAGGAUGCUGGUGCUGAGUCCGCUGCGCCAAAGAAGGAUGCUACUCCAACUUCUGCUCCAGCUCAGCCUGCUGCCCCAGCUCCAAAACCUACGUGGGCCAAUUUAGCUGCUAUGCAGCCCAAGGUUCCUACAUCGAAGACUGCCACUGUUUCUUCGCCAGGAGCUGCCAAGAACGUUCCAGCUCCAUCUCCAACUGUGAAGAAACCAGCUUCUCCAGCCCAGGGCGCUGCAUCCAACCAGCAGCAGCCUCAACAGCAGCAAAGCUCGAAGUCCAAGAAGGAGGAAUGGUAUCCAAUUUAUAUCAGAGAUGCCGACGUUGACGAAGAGCAGUUGAGAAGUGCAUUGACUAAGACUUUUGGUGAGAUGAAAUUUUUCAAGAAGAAUCAGAGAGUCGCUUUAUGUGACUUCAAGGAGAAGGAGUUCCAGCAAAAGGCUUUGGAAGCUAAGGAGCUUACUGUUGGAAACGUGGUGGUUCAUUUAGAGCCAAGAACUCACAAGCAGAACAACAAGAAGGACUUCAAGGAUAAGAAGGCGGCGAAGAAGAAUAAUAACUACAACAAUGGCAAUGGCCAUAAGAAAAAUUAG